CUGACCUGGGAAAUACUGAAGAAUGGCACCACAUGAGAGGGAUGUGAGCUAAUUUUUUUGGACGAUGUAGUGCAAACCUUGGCUGAGGAGGUGUAAAGAAGGAGAGGUGUUUUAGAUCUACAGUGAGGCCCAUGAUCAGAAGACUGUGGAAGUCAUUUCCAGAUGUCAAGUCCUGAAGAAGUCAGUGCAGUGGCAUAAGAAAAUCAAUGAACUCUCACUGCUGCUCAAGAUCGACUCAUCAAAGACCACCUCCAAUAAUAAAGUAUUUGAUCAUGAAUGGUUUAGUAUUCUGAUUUCAGUGGUUUUCGUUUUAUCUUGGCACUGGAAACAUGUUGGAAGGCUUGGAUACCCAGCGUACUUUGCUGGCCGUGGAGCGGUUACAGGCCAAACUACGAGAAAAAGGAGAUGCAGCAAAUGAAGAGAAAUUGAGCUUAUUGAGAUCUGUGCUACAGAGCCCACUCUUCAACCAGAUUCUGAACCUGCAGAGCUCUGUGCAACAGUUGAAAGAUCAGGUGAAUGUCACACCAUCUUCUGUACGUUCAAACAUCGAUCUUUCUCAAGCAACUGGUUCAUCUGUCCCUUUGGCUUCUUCCCCGCUAAAUGAAUCGUACAUGAUUGCUCAACAGAAUGGAAAUAAGGAAGUUGAACAGGAGCUUCCAGUGCAGCCUGGUUCUCCUUAUGUUAAUGGCAGGCGGUCCAGUGAAGAGUUUGAGCAGAUUUUGAGGAAAAUGUCUCAUGGCCGUCCAGUUGAAUACAUAAAUCUAGUGAAACCUCCCUGUGGUGGUUUGGGAUUCAGUGUAGUAGGACUUAAGAGUGAACAUAAAGGAGAACUGGGGAUCUUUGUCCAGGAAAUCCAAGAGGGCAGUGUAUCUGCAAGGGAUGGCAAACUAAAGGAAGCAGACCAAAUCCUUGCUAUCAAUAGACAGCCCCUAGACCAGAGUGUCACCCAUCAACAAGCUAUUGGCAUCCUGCAGAAAGCUGCUGAUCAGGUUCAGUUGGUGAUUGCCAGGGGAUCCAUUUCACAUUUAUCCAGUCCAGUGAUUUCACGGACACCAUCAGAUGCAAGUACACUCUCGGCACAUUCUUCUACAGUCCAUUGGCAGAUUGUUGAAAGUAUAGAGUUGGUUAAUGAUGGCUCUGGUUUAGGAUUCGGAAUAGUAGGUGGAAGGACAACUGGUGUUGUUGUGAAGACCAUUUUGCCUGGAGGAGUUGCUGACCGGGAUGGACGACUUCAAAGUGGGGAUCAUAUUCUCAAAAUAGGUGAAACAGACCUGCUUGGAAUGGGUAGUGAGCAAGUGGCUCAGGUGCUGAGGCAGUGUGGAAACCGUGUCAAAUUGGUAAUUGCUAGAGGAGCUGUGGAAGACUCCUUGGCUGCUGCCCCUCAAGGACUUCCUGCACUACCAUCUGUACCUCCUGUAGCAGAAGAGCCUGAACCAGCUUUCUCCCAGCACGUUGACGGGGAAGUAUUUGAUGUGGAACUUACAAAAGAUGUUCAUGGACUAGGCAUAACCAUUGCUGGUUAUGUUGGAGACAAAAAUCAAGAGCCUUCUGGCAUCUUUGUGAAAAGCAUCACUCAAGGAAGUGCAGUUGAGCAGGAUGGAAGAAUACAUGUUGGGGACCAGAUAAUAGCUGUGGAUGGAACAAACAUUCAAGGUUUCACUAACCAGCAAGCUGUGGAGAUGCUGCGUCAUACAAGUCAAAUAGUGCAUCUAAUUUUAAUGAGGAGAGAACGCAAACCAGAGGCUUUGAUACAAUCUGAGUGUAAAGGUGAAGUGAAACUUAAGAGUGGAGAUGCUUUCACAAUAGAAGACAAACCAUCCACAGCAUUGGCUGAAGUGAAUGAAAAACCAUCAGUACUAGAGAACAGGACUUCAAAUGCUGCCACAAUAAACGAACAAGAAAUUGAAUCUGAAUCUGAAGGGUUUCAGCUCAGUUCAUCAGAAGAAGAAAGCCUUUGUGUUAAAUGGCAGGAGAUUCUCGGAACUAACUAUGAAAUUGUGGUGACGCAAGUAACAAAGUUCAGUGAAAGUAGUGGCCUGGGCAUAAGUUUGGAAGCCACAGUUGGGCAUCACUAUAUUCGUUCCAUCCUCCCUGAGGGCCCUGUGGGGCGAAAUGGAAAGCUAUUCAGUGGAGAUGAGCUGUUAGAGGUGAAUGGUAUACCACUCCUAGGUAAGAAUCACAAAGAUGUUGUGAGUAUUCUCAAGGACUUGCCUAUUAGUGUCACCAUGGUCUGCUGCCACCCGGUCCUUGAGGUCAGAAGGGAAACUGAUAUUGAUAGCAUGGUUUCCAUAGAAGAACCCCUUCAAGCAAAUGAAGAGGUAGAGUUUCUUCCUUCAUCAGUGCCUCUGGCUUGGAGUAGAGAUCAAGGGGAACCAGCUGGUAACAAAGGAUUUUUACAGAUGCAUACUGAUAAUGAAUUCACAGCAACCUCUGAGGCAGAUAACAGUGCUGUGGUUGACCUAGACAGAGAGCAGAGUUGUGUAGAUAAGCAAGGAUCUCACCUGGCUAUGUGGGAAGAUGAAAUCCAAAAUAUAGAGUUAGAGAAAGGAAGUUCUGGGCUUGGCUUCAGCAUUCUGGAUUAUCAGGAUCCAGUUGACCCUCUUCGGACAGUCAUUGUGAUUCGGUCAUUGGUACCGAGUGGUGUGGCUGAACAAGAUGGUAGACUUCUUCCAGGAGACCGACUCAUGUUUGUCAACAGCAUUAAUCUGGAGAAUGCUACUCUUGAGGAAGCCGUUCAGGCGCUGAAAGGUGCAUCAGGAGGCAAAGUUAGAAUUGGUGUAGCCAAGCCUUUGCCGCAGUUUUCUCCAGAGGAGGGGGAUGUGCCUACUAAUGAAGAAUCCAUGCUCUCCUUUUAUCAGCCUUGUGACGGUGAUGAGGAGGAGGCUGUCGAUGCUGCUGUUUUUCAUGCAGAGUUAGCAAUGGUAGAAGCAACCGAAACUGACCUUGCUGAUGAAAAGACAUUUGAGGGAGAGGACCUCCAUCAGGCCUCCACUGUGGCCAUGCAUGGCAGUGCAUGUAGUGAAGACCUCUCAGUUCCAUCAUUGUUUUACAAGGAUGUACAUGAAAGUUCAUUGGCUGAUUGCAGUGUAUCCUCCACUGAAGAGAAUGAAGAGAAGCAGAUGUCCUUAGCCAGGAGAUUUGUGAAAACCAUUACCAUUGCAAAAGGCAAUGCUAGUCUUGGGAUGACUGUGAGUUCCAGUAAGGAUGGCUCAGGAAUGAUUGUGCGUAAUAUUAUUCACGGCGGAUCCAUUAGUCGUGAUGGCCGAAUUGGGGUAGGUGACUGCAUCUUAGCAAUGAACGGGGAACCAACCACAGACCUCACCAAUGCACAGUCUCGUGCAUUGCUACGAAGGCAUUCUCUGAUUGGACCAGAUAUAAUAUCUCCCUGUGCAUCUGGUGAUGAUCAAUCCUCAUUUUAUGUUGUCACAUAUGUGCCUGCAGAAAAUCUGGUCAAAUAUAAGACCAUGAUGAGUCAACAGCUUGAAGAAGUUGCUGCAAUUGAUGGUUUAUCACUUCCACCUGUCAGUGCUGACCUGCCUGAGAGAGAGGAAGGUGAAGGAGAAGAGAGCGAGUUACAGAAUUCAUCUUACAAUAACUGGAAGCAAGCUCGGCGUGUGGAGCUGUGGCGUGAGCCAGGAAAAUCCUUGGGAAUUAGCAUUGUUGGUGGAAGAGGAAUGGGUAGUCGACUGAGUAACGGAGAGGUCAUGAGAGGAAUAUUUAUUAAACAUAUUCUGGAGGACAGCCCAGCUGGAAGAAAUGGAACAUUAAAAACUGGAGACAGGAUUGUCGAGGUAGAUGCAGUUGACUUGCGUGAUGCAAGUCAUGAACAGGCAGUUGAAGCUAUUCGGAAAGCAGGCAAUCCUGUGGUGUUUUUGGUGCAGAGUUUAAUAACCAGACCUCGGAAACAACCUUUGUCUUUCCUGCAGUCUAACCCUUUGCCUGAAUCAAGCAACAAGAGCGGCAGUACUAACCCAUUUGCUGACUCUUUUCAGACCCGCGUUAGACAGGUUUCUGCAUAUCAAGCUAGGACUUUUCCACGCCCUUUCCCAACUAACUCAUUUGCAAUCAAUCCAUUUAAGACAUCCAGCCAACCAGAUAUAGAGACUGAAAUAAUGUCGGGACUCUCAGGUUCACAGCCAUCAACACCUGAACCUGUUGAUAAAGAGGAGACCAACAAUGCUACAGCUUUACCAGGGAAUAAUGGCAUUAAGUCAGAAGAUGAGUUGGAGGAAGAUGAUGAAUUUGGUUACAGCUGGAGGAAGAUCAGACAACGCUAUGGAAGCCUGACGGGUGAGCUGCAUAUGAUUGAACUGGAAAAGGGGAAGAGUGGGCUGGGCCUCAGCCUAGCUGGCAACAAGGACCGAUCCAGAAUGAGUGUGUUUGUAGUUGGCAUUGAUGCAAAUGGAGCAGCUGGCAAAGAUGGCAGGUUACAGAUUGCAGAUGAAUUGCUGGAGAUAAAUGGGCAGUUACUGUAUGGACGUAGUCAUCAAAAUGCUUCUUCAAUAAUCAAAAGUGCACCCUCAAAAGUCAAAAUUAUUUUUAUCAGAAGCACAGAUGCAGUCAAUCAAAUGGCAGUCAGUCCUGUAAAAUCACCUGACUUCACAUCCACUCCAGGAACCCAGCAGGAGAAAGAUCCAGGUACGUCUCUGUUGCAAGCUGGAAAAAGUCCAACAUCAUUUAAGAAUACUCAGGAUGUUCAACUUACUAAGGAUCAAAGCGGACUAGGAAUUGCAAUUAGUGAAGAGAGUACCAAUGAUGGAGUAGUUAUCAAGAAUCUAACAGAAUAUGGAACAGCAUCAAAGGAUGGAAGGGUUAAGGUUGGGGAUCGAAUCUUGGCAGUGGAUGAUGAACCUGUUAUAGGUCACCCUAUAGAAAAGGUUAUAAGUUUGCUGAAGCAAUCAAAGAACACAGUUAAACUAACCAUCAGUUCGGACGAUGUGAAUCCGCAGCAGUCUCAGACACCACCUGCCAUUGCUGCUUCAAUAGAUCUUAAAAGCAUUCAGCCUCCUUCCACCCACAGUACUGCUACCUCACCUGAUCUAGAUUCCAGCAAUAAAGACUCGAGUAGAUCUUCAACACCUGUUUCAUCAACAUUGGAUAUGGCAUCCUGUCCGAUUAUCCCUGGACGAGAAACAACCAUUGAAAUUUCCAAAGGACGCACAGGACUUGGGCUUAGUAUUGUUGGCGGAGCAGACACCUUACUGGGUGCCAUAAUUAUUCACGAAGUGUAUGAAGAAGGAGCCGCGGCGAAAGAUGGCAGAUUGUGGGCUGGGGAUCAGAUACUGGAGGUUAAUGGAAUAGAUUUGAGAGUCGCCACUCAUGACGAAGCAAUAAAUGUUCUAAGACAAACUCCACAGAAAGUCAGUCUGACGGUCUACAGAGAUGAAGGCCAUUAUAAGGAGGAAGAUAUAUAUGACUUGCUGACUGUUGAAUUGCAAAAAAAACCAGGGAAAGGGCUUGGACUGAGUAUUGUUGGAAAAAGGAAUGACACUGGAGUUUUUGUGUCUGACAUUGUGAAGGGAGGAAUAGUAGAUCUAGAUGGAAAGCUGGUGCAAGGAGACCAGAUACUCUCUGUGAAUGGGGAAGAUGUUCGAAACUCGACCCAGGAAUCUGUUGCUGCUAUGUUGAAGUGUGCACGAGGCACAGUAAAAUUGGAGGUUGGAAGGUUGAAGGCUGGAUCGUUCCCAUCUGAUAGAAGAGGAUCUCAAAGUAGCCAGCUCAGUGAAGGGAGUAGUGGCGGUGGGCUGACCUCUUUCUGUUCAACUGCUUCUGGAUCUACUCAAGCUGAAGUAUAUGAAACUGGACACCGAAAACAUGCCUGGACCGAGAUUCAAGGGCUAAGGACAGUGGAGUUUACAAAGGGACCCACAGAUUCACUGGGAAUCAGCAUUGCAGGAGGAGUGGGCAGCCCUCUUGGAGAUGUUCCCAUUUUUAUUGCAAUGAUGCAGCCAAAUGGAGUAGCAGCCCAGACCCAGAAACUGCGGGUCGGAGACAGGAUUGUAAGUAUUUGUGGAAAACCUACAGAGGGAGUGACCCAUUCCCAAGCAGUCAACUUACUGAAAAAUGCUUCAGGACGUAUUGAAUUACAGGUUGUUGCAGGCGGUGACAUUAGUGUGAUAACCAAUCAGCAACAGGAACAUGCAGCAACUACCCUUUCCCUGUCAGGGCUGACAGCAAGCAGCAUCCUUCAUGAUGACCUAGCGCCUCCACAAUACAAGACAAUUACUUUAGACAGAGGUGCUGAUGGUCUAGGUUUCAGCAUUGUUGGUGGAUAUGGUAGUCCUCAUGGCGAUCUGCCUAUUUAUGUUAAAACAGUCUUUGCAAAGGGAGCAGCUGCAGAAGAUGGGCGCCUGAAACGUGGUGACCAAAUUAUCGCUGUCAAUGGGCAAAAUCUCGAGGGUGUUACCCAUGAAGAAGCCGUCAGUAUUCUGAAGCGUACAAAGGGGACAGUUACACUAACUGUACUCUCCUAAUGGGAGCUUUAAGUUGAACAAUGUGUUGAUUAUGACUUGUGUUGACCUAAUGGACAAGACAAAUAGAGGUUAUUUAGUUAAUAAAUCCAGUAAUCUUAUAUAGAGAAUGGAUCUUAUGAAAUGUACAUCUGCUGACAAUUAGUAACUUCAAGAGUUUUAUUAAAAUUAAAGAAUAUUGAAAAGAUCUUCAAGCUAUGCAACCAAUAUUAAUUUGGAAUUAAGACAAAGUGGAAAUUGAAAAAAAUUAAAAGCGUAGCAGACUCUUAAUAAAUUUGUGUAUUAUGUUCGGGAGAUUUAUUGUAGAAGAUAACAGUACUGCCUUCCCGCCAAAAGCAAGCUAUUUACAAUACUUUGUAGACAUGUUAUUUAUAAUUUGCUCUGAAACUUACAAUCAGGCUUUGUACUCCUUUUAAAUUUCUGUAUUUUUCUCCUUUAAAAUGGCUGCCCUGUAACUUAGCAUAAGGAACCACAGCAGCACAGGAGGAUUCAGAAUAGCCGAUAAGUAAAUAGCCAAUUUGUUUUCAAGAUGAAAAUGAAAUCUAGAAAAUAUUGAAACUGAGGUAAGAAAAUAAACUGUCAGUAAGGUUUGAGGUUGUUUUAAAAAAAAAAUCUGUAUUUUGAGGAAAUGUUUUACUUGUAAGUAGAUAUCUAGAUCCAAUUCUGGGAAAUAUGAAGUAAUAUUGUGUCCAAGACUGCUGCUGUUCAAGAAAAGUCAGCAGCUGCUACAAGGCUUUGGGCAAUGCACAGUAUUGAAUUUCAGUUCAGGUAGAAAUAUUCUGUUCUGUGAAGUCCGAUUUUGUUUUCACAGUUUGGAAUGGUAAUCCAGUAGAAUGGAUCAUGCCCUCUUUAUAAAACUUGUGCAGUAUUAAUCCUUUACAUUUUGAUGGAAUAGAAAUUGGGCAGAUUCUAUGAAAGCUGAUCCACUUUUCAAAAUUAUUACCACCCAAUGUGAAAUCAAACUCUCUAUGAAUUUAACUCAAAUAUAUUGCUGCUUUUUCUUUGCAACCAUCUAAUCAAAGUUCUUGACUUUAGUGCUUCAAGGGCACUGCUCCUUUGAUUCGCUACUUGUGAACAAAAAUUUAAAUGACAAUUGCCAGUAAGUUGGUCAGUUAAACCUGUGAAGCAGUAUACUACCAUUUUAUGAUAUUUUGUUUUCAUACAGUGUCUACUAUUGAACUUUAGUGUGUAAAAUCUUUUGAAAAGCAUCUAUUUUUUAACUUUAGUGUACAAACAUGUCUGUUAAUAGUAACUGA